UACAAGUCAUUUGGAAGAAACGCGCCAAAUCAGUAAACGCAGGCAGUGACGGGGGACGCGGUAUUACACAAUACUGCUGUACUUUUCUUUUAGUGUGUCAUUUGUCAGAGUUUCAGUGUGUGUGUGUGGGAGAUCAUAUGGAAGAAUCGCCUGGUUUCCGACACUGGAUCUUUACUGAGCUGUGAAAACUGAAGAUUUAUUUUUGUUUUUAUAGGUUAUGGCCGUGCCUUUUGUUCAAGACUGGGACCUUGUGCAGACUCUCGGAGAGGGCGCAUAUGGAGAGGUACGCCUGCUGGUCAACAGGAAGACGGAGGAGGCGGUGGCAGUGAAAGUUGUGGACAUGACCACCGCCAAGGACUGCAUGGACAACGUGAAGAAAGAGGUGUGCGUGCACAAGAUGCUGUCUCACACCAACAUCGUGCGCUUCUAUGGGCACAGGAGUGAGGGGUCGAUCCAUUACAUCUUCCUGGAGUACUGCAGUGGUGGCGAACUGUUCGAUCGAAUAGAGCCGGAUGUGGGAAUGCCGGAAAAGGACGCGCACAGGUUUUUUCAACAAUUAAUUGCUGGAGUGGAAUAUCUCCACGGCAUCGGAAUCACACAUCGAGACAUCAAGCCAGAAAACAUCCUCUUAGAUGACAAAGAUAACCUGAAGAUCACAGAUUUUGGCCUGGCCACCAUGUUCCGGCACCGUGGCCGCGAGCGUAAGUUGGCCCGUCUGUGCGGCACGCUGCCCUACGUGGCUCCGGAGCUGAUGUCCCGCUCCGAGUUUAACGCUCAGCCUGCAGAUGUCUGGGCCUGCGGCAUCGUUCUCACUGCCAUGCUGGCUGGAGAGUUACCGUGGGACCAGCCGAGUGAGAGCUGUCAGGAGUAUUCUGACUGGCUGCAGAAGAAAACCUACCUCACACCAUGGAAGAAAAUUGAUUCCAUGUCUCUCGGUCUGUUAACAAAGAUCCUGCUCCAUAGUCCUGAAGACCGGAUCACCAUUCCUGAGAUCAAAAAGCAUCGCUGGUUCACCAGAAGCUUCAAAUCAGGAGCAAAACGCCAGACUGAUGUCCACGGACCACUGACCAAGUUGCUGCGCUCUGACUCAGAGAGAUUUCAGCUUGCACGAACUAACAGUGAUGAGCGGGUGCAGAUUUCCAGCUCUCAGCCAGAGCCACAGGGCUUGUGGGAAGUCAGGGAGGAUGUGGUGCUCACUGAUGGAGCUCAGGUCAGCUUUUCCCAGCCUGCCUGCCCUGAUCACAUGUUAUUAGGAAGCCAACUGCUGGGCACACCGGGCGCUAGCCAGAACCCAUGGCACAGGUUAGUAAAGAGGAUGACCAGGUUCUUCACUACCCUGAAGGCAGAGGCGUCCAGCAUGGCCCUCCGUGACACCUGUAUAAACCUGGGCUACACAUGGAAACAGAGCUGCAACAACCAGGCAACAGUAUCCACACUGGAUCGCCGUAACAACAAGCUGAUCUUCAAAAUCCACUUCCUGGAAAUGGAGGAACGUAUUCUUGUAGAUUUCAGACUAUCGAGGGGAGAUGGUUUGGAAUUCAAGAAGAUUUUCGUGAAGCUCAAACAGAAGCUGUCGGACAUCAUAAGUAACCAAAGGGUUCCUAUCGUUUUUACAUGAAGAAAUAAAUCUUCUAGGUUCAGUAGUGAUACUCUACAUUCUCCAUGUUUUGUUCUUACUUUUUAUGUUCCACUUGUGUUCAAUGCUUCCGUAAGCAUAGGAGUAUAAAAACAUUGUAUUGGACUGAAAGGCUCACUUCUGUGUUUUUCUUUUUUCCCCUCUUUUUAUUCUCUCAAGGUCACCCUUUGCUUCUUGCUUACUUUUUUAAAGUUCUAUUUUACUGCUCUGGUUUAGUAUAUAAAUACGAAUAAAUGUUUUUAAAACCAAAA